AUGGCCGCCAGGUUGGAUGCCGCUGUCUCCAGUUUCAGCCGGCUAAUGCCCAAUCUGCGCGGUCCAUCCGAGAUGGUACGCCGCCUCAACAUGGGAGUGGUGCAGUCAAUAGCAAUGUAUGGGGCACCCGUAUGGUGUGGGGCUCUGGUAGCCAACAAUAAUAACAUAAGGUUGCUCCAGAGGGAGCAACCGUGUUCCCUCACGGACACCAACGAGUGGAAGGAGGAGCUUGCCCGCGGGGGCGAGUCUGCCACACAGCAAAUGCUGGAGGCUCGGCAGAAUGAAGCCCGCCGAGAGGUUGUCGAGCACUGGCAGGGACGUCUGCCCCAGGCCAGGGCUGGUCUGAGGGUGGUCGAAGCCAUUGGUCCUGUUCUCAAGGAAUGGGUGGGCAGCGGGCACGGGGGUCUCUCGUUCCACGUAACGCAGGUGCUCUCCGGGCAUGGGUGCUUCGGAGAGUACCUGCACGAGAAGGUUGGGCGGGAGGCCACCACAAAGUACCACCACUGCCCAGAGGCGAGGGACACGGCGCAACAUACCUUAGAGGUGUGUCCAGCCUGGGCGAACGAGCGUCGUGCCCUCACCGACAGAAUAGGGACCGGUUUAGACCUUCCCACGGUGGUGGAGCGGAUGCUUGCCCGUGCCGACGAGUGGGCGGCGGUAGCCUCUUUCUGCGACACUGUCAUGUUGCAGAAGGAAACGGCAGAGCGGGAGGACAGUCGAGUGCGAGGGUGGGUAUGCGUGUGGUGUGCGAGCGAGUGCGAUGCAUAUACAUCUAUGUGUAAGAGCGGGCGUCAGAUGGCGCGGGCGGGCGAAAGAGUCCUGGCGGUAGCUGAACGAAACACGUCGGUGCAGGAGCAAUCCUAG